GAGCUACGUAUGACGGGAACAGCUAAUCCUGUGCCUUUACCUUAGAAAUCCUGAAGUCUGAAAAAGGGGGAGGAGACCACAGCUGGUUCCUUCUUGGGUUCCUACCAGCACAGCAAGAUGGAACUUCUCCUGGCCAUUUUUCUCACUGUUUUGACUGGCAUUGUGGCAAUUGCUUUCUAUUAUGAACACCCCAAAGCAGAAAUUCCUCAUGGAAUCAGUGAGCGUCAAAAGCUUUAUGCUCUUCAUUACUGCAUUAAUUUUGGGCUUGGUCUGGCAACAUUUUUGGACAAAGUAGGUAUCAUCUCAGAGGUCCAUCUCCUCAGGAUUAUAAUGGAGACAGUACCACCAUUUAAAGAUAAACGUCUUCUUAUCAAAGACUUAAGGUUUGAAAGGGUUAAAGUGAGAAUUUACCAGCCAAAAACAUCAAACAAUAGCCAAAGACGGGGAAUCCUUUAUUUCCAUGGAGGAGUUGGCUGGUUGGGAAGUAUCCGGGCCUAUGAAAGAACAUGCCGCUAUUUCUGCAGGAAGACCAAUUCAGUGGUGGUGUGUGUUGGGUAUCGUUUAGCUCCUGAGCACCCAUUCCCAGCCCAGUUUGAGGACUGUCUCACUGCUGCCAUCCACUUUCUGAGGACUGCACAAGACCAUGGAGUUGACCCUUCCCGCAUUGUCGUCUGUGGAGACAGCAGUGGAGGGACACUCACUGCUGCUGUUGCCCAAGCACUGGUGAACAGAAGAGAUCUCCCAAAGCUGAGAGCACAAAUCCUAAUAUAUCCUUUUCUCCAGUGUGUGGACUUCAAUUUGCCUUCUUAUCAGCAGAACGAGAAAGUCCCCAUUUUGCUAAAGGAACGAACCCUUGUUCUUGGCUUGAAGUAUGUUAAUGAAGACUUGUGCCUCGAAGAAUUAUUUAAAGGUUGUCAUGUUUCAGAAGAUCGGAGACUGAAAUAUCAGAAAUGGGUGAGUCCUGACUACAUUCCUCUGGAGUUUAAAACAAGAGGUUUCAAACCAAGUCCAAUAUAUCCACCCUCAAAACAAAUCUGUGAAGUGGUCAAGUCCAUGUUUGACCCUGUUUUUUCACCACUGUUGGCUGAAGACAGUGUUAUUGCUCGGCUCCCUGAGACUUUCAUUUUGACCUGUGAAUUUGAUGUGCUUAGAGAUGAUGGACUGCUGUACAAGAAACGAUUAGAGGACCACGGUAUAAAAGUGACCUGGUGCCAUCUGCAAGAGGGAUUCCAUGGAACAGUGUUCUUCGCGCUUUUUGGCAGGGUGGUAGGAUUCCGCUCUGGAACUAAAGGCCUGGAAAAGAUAGUAAAUUUUCUAAGACUGAUGUAAAAUUCUAUUUCUUGCUUUCUUUUCCUGAUUCCUAUCUCUUUUUACUUACAAAGCUCUUCUUAAAAAUCCUCAAUUUUCCUUUUCUUAAAUCAUCACCUUAAAUUUCUGCACUGCAUCUGCCUUCUUUUUACCCAGUAAGUUGAUUGCAUGAUGGCCUUUGCUUAAUUUUCUCUUAGGAGAGGCAAAAUCAGGUGAAUUUACAUUUCUUUCUUCUACCACCUCUUUAAUUUUCUCUUGUAGCCAUUAAAGAUCUCAUCCUUAUAGCAAGGGGUCUGCAAUGUGGUCUGGUUCAGUAAAGUUCUGGUACUAUUAGAACACAAACCACGUUUGAAAACAGCCUGGGGUAGGUAACAGGGUGUGAAUCUACAGGGUCAGUGUAUAAAGAGUAUGGUCAAUGACUUAGGAAAGCCUGUAUCUGGUGAGAGCUGAAUUUGAGACAAGCUUAAAGAGAACUGAAUGUAGCAGGAAAAAUGUGAACAUAGACAGAAAUUACAGAAGGGGAAGAAAAGGAGAGGAAGAGAGGGAAAGGGCAGGCCUGGAACUACAGAUACUAUAACAAGUAUUGGUUAAGGAAAACAACAUCUAUUUAAAAAAUCAUGCAUAUACAUUUUAUAUAUAGAUAAUAGAUAUAUGGGAAUCUAAAGUAAUAUCGGUUCCUUUACAAAGGGUAGGCCUGCACUGCCUGAGGCAGGAAGGACUCUUCCUUUGCGGGACAGUGUCAAGUGCCAUCACAGAGAAAGGAGACUGAGGAAAAAAAAAAAAAUCAAAGUUCGGGUUAGUCUUAAACUAUUUACAACAAGAGAUGAACGAUCAAGUAAACCAAUACAAAAUAAAACGUCAUAACAAAAGUGUAAAGCUCUUUUCUCAGAAAUGAACUUAAGUAUUGCCAGAAAUGUCAGUAUAAAUGUUUUAAUGACACCAUUCUGAGGUGAAUGUAUAACUGUAUGUUGCGGUUUAGGGUUCUUACUUUUCUUUCUUUCUCUCAGGGAAUUUUCUCCGCUUUGUGUUGCUAGGGGACAAUAACGCCCGGAUACUUAAGAAAGACAAAAGAAGUUGCCAAGCUCAGGGGAGGAGGGCAUUCGGCCUCCUGCACUCCUUAUCUGAGGGUUUCUCUCACAGGGGCAGAGAUACCUCGAGAAUUGGGCUGGGAAAAAAGGGGCUGGGGCAGUUGCUAGCUCCUCCUUGGAAGAAUUCACCACCACUGCAUGGUUCUCUAUUCUGCUGUCUUCUACCAUGAGUGGAGCUCUGCUGUAAGAGUGGCUGUUGCGCUGGGGCCUUAUUAACAUCCUACCUCACCAAACAAAGGACCCUUCAACAUCUGCUAGGGUGCCUCAGGGGAAAGCCCAGGAUCCCUGAGCCUCUUUCCCCUCCCAGGCCGUCUCUCUCUGCCGUGUUCAAGAGCCGGGCUACUGCUGCCCAGCCCCCACCGUUUUUCUGCCACUGCUCCUGGUUUUCCCCUACACUGUAGCUCUGCACCCCUGCCCUGCCGGGACACCCCGCGGUUCCAGCUACAACUGCAAAGUUUCUGCCACCUCUUGCUUGCUACCCUGGGCGAGCCUGCCCUGCCGCUCCAGCUGCUGCUCCAAGGUUCCUGCUAAUAUAAACAAAAUUGCUCAAUCAAAAUUAAUAAAGAAAUGACAUUUA